UAAGCGUCAAAAGUUACGAGCAAGAACAAGAGUUUGAGUCUUGUUUACGCCAAAUGGGUCGUCCUUAUUCUAAAGACUCUCUCUCUUUCUCCAGCCUUCAACGCCCAUUACUAUAAAGAAACCAUACUUUCCCUCUCAAUUAGCCACACACAUACACAAAUCUCUCCCUUCUCUUUUUAAAUUAUUAUAUUACUCUAUUCUUGUUCAAUUUCUUUGUUAAAUUGUGCUAAUUUUCUAUGAACUACUUCGUUCUGAUUUGAGCUGAAAUUAGUUGUGGUUCCAUUUCUGGGUUUGAGGAUUUUGAGCUAAAUUUUCAGAGCUAAUUUUAUAGAAGAUGGAGAGGCUCAAUUUUGUCAAGAAUGGUGUUCUUAGACUGCCGCCUGGAUUUAGGUUCCACCCAACUGAUGAGGAGCUUGUUGUUCAGUAUUUGAAGAGGAAGGUGUUUGCAUGCCCUUUGCCUGCUUCUAUUAUCCCUGAAGUUGAUGUCUGCAAAUCUGAUCCUUGGGAUUUGCCAGGUGAUUUGGAGCAAGAAAGGUACUUUUUCAGCACCAGAGAAUCCAAGUACCCAAAUGGGAAUCGAUCCAACAGAGCGACGAAUUCUGGCUACUGGAAGGCAACUGGUUUAGACAAGGAAAUUGUAACUUCUAAGGGUAACCAACUUGUAGGGAUGAAGAAAACCCUAGUUUUUUACAGAGGAAAACCCCCUCAUGGUGCCAGGACUGACUGGAUCAUGCACGAAUAUCGCCUUGUUACCAGGGAUAACACUUCCUGCAAUUCCCUCCAAAAGAAAAACUCAAUCCAGAGCCCUUUGGUGCCAACAGACAAUUGGGUUCUUUGCCGCAUAUUUUUGAAGAAGAGAAGCAAUAAAACUGAGGAGGAAAAUCCUCAACUUGGCAAUGAAAAUAAAGGGCGAAAGCUGACAACAAGCACAAAGCCUGUUUUCUACGAGUUCUUGAGAAAGGAGAGGACAGAUUUGAAUCUCGCUCCAUCCUCGUCAUCCUCAGGGUCAAGCGGAGUCACAGAAGUGUCAUCAAACGAAAUAGAUGAUCACGAAGAAAGUAGUAGUUGCAAUAGUUUUCCUUAUAUCAGAAGAAAAACAUAAUUAGAAUUUUAGUUUCUAGUUUUUAGUCCCUAUCUUCAGGUUCCUGUAUGAUCAGUAAUUUGGCAUCUGGUUUCCAAAUCAGAAUAACCCAGCUAAGCAAUCUAAUGCUCUUGUCAUUAGGUUUCGUGUCUCUUAUCUAUGUUUAUCCCUAAACAGAAAGAGCAAUAUCAAAAGGAAGUAAAAGAAACAACAAAAGUGUUAUCAGCAAUGUGGAGAAGAAUAGAUUGUCCAAUGAUAGCUUAACUUAUAAUCAAUCCCAGAAUUUCAGAUAA